AUGCCGUUAAGUUGGGAGAAUGAAAAACAGAAACUGGCAACACUGAUAAGACGAAAAAAUAUGGCGUCAUUUGGCGAGCGUCCGUUCUCGUGCGAGGAGUGCGGCGCGAGGUUCACUCAGCGCUCGAACCUGCACUCCCACCGCCGCGCCACGCACUACAACGACACCAGGCACCACUGUACCCUCUGUCCCAAGAAGUUCAAGCGGAGGAGGUUACUAGAGUACCACAUAAAGGCGACGCACACGGGCGAGCGUCCCCUGAAGUGCAACGUGUGCCAACUGUCCUUCGUGUACCCCGAGCAUUACAAGAAACAUGUCCGCAUACACUCCGGGGAGAGGCCCUACGUCUGCGAGAUUUGCGGCAAAUCGUUCAACUCUCGCGACAACCGAAACACGCAUCGCUUCGUGCACAGCGACAAGAAACCUUACGAGUGCGUCGCCUGCGGGGCUGGGUACAUGAGGAAACAACUGCUCUACGCCCAUAUGAAUACCAGCGGAACUAGUUCGCAUGCUACGGAUAUAACUGACCUAGACGCAAAAACCAGUAAAUUUGAUGCGAUAUUCGAGGCACAGACUGAAUUGGAGGCUAGCAUCAAGUCCGUGAAAUCAGAAGCGGACGUGAAUUUAGAAGAUGCCAAAUUCUAUAUUACUGAAGAUAAGAAAUUAAUAUUGCAGGAUAGUGAUAAAACGACAUUGAAUUUAAUACAAGAAGGAGACGAGUCUACGCUUUUAACUAUACAUAACAUAGGAGAGAGGGCCGACGCGACAAUUUUAGAAGCUGUCAAUGCUGACCAAUUGUCUGAACAGACUGAAAUCGUAGCUAAUGAUGAGAAUGGAGGCAUGGUGCGACUGAUCCAAAUCAAAUUACCUGACGGCGAGCGUCCGUUCUCGUGCGAGGAGUGCGGCGCGAGGUUCACUCAGCGCUCGAACCUGCACUCCCACCGCCGCGCCACGCACUACAACGACACCAGGCACCACUGUACCCUCUGUCCCAAGAAGUUCAAGCGGAGGAGGUUACUAGAGUACCACAUAAAGGCGACGCACACGGGCGAGCGUCCCCUGAAGUGCAACGUGUGCCAACUGUCCUUCGUGUACCCCGAGCAUUACAAGAAACAUGUCCGCAUACACUCCGGGGAGAGGCCCUACGUCUGCGAGAUUUGCGGCAAAUCGUUCAACUCUCGCGACAACCGAAACACGCACCGCUUCGUGCACAGCGACAAGAAACCUUACGAGUGCGUCGCCUGCGGGGCUGGGUACAUGAGGAAACAACUGCUCUACGCCCAUAUGAAUACCAGCGGUCACCUGGCGGAGUCCAUCGUUGUCAAUCAACCUAGAGUCAUCAAAGUUACGGAAAAUGGAACUAGUUCGCAUGCUACGGAUAUAACUGACCUAGACACAAAAACCAGUAAAUUUGAUGCGAUAUUCGAGGCACAGACUGAAUUGGAGGCUAGCAUCAAGUCCGUGAAAUCAGAAGCUGACGUGAAUUUAGAAGAUGCCAAAUUCUAUAUUACUGAAGAUAAGAAAUUAAUAUUGCAGGAUAGUGAUAACAUAGGAGAGAGGGCCGACGCGACAAUUUUAGAAGCUGUCAAUGCUGACCAAUUGUCUGAACAGACUGAAAUCGUAGCUAAUGAUGAGAAUGGAGGCAUGGUGCGACUGAUCCAAAUCAAAUUACCUGACGAAAGUAAAAGUCUGUUGGCGCUAGAUCUGGUUCGACCUCGUCCGUUUAAAUGCAAUCAAUGCGGCAAAUCGUUCCUCACACAACAAAACCUCAAUCAACAUGAAAAGACUCAUUCCGGAAUCAAAGAUUUCAUCUGUAAUAUAUGCAGCGAGCGUCCGUUCUCGUGCGAGGAGUGCGGCGCGAGGUUCACUCAGCGCUCGAACCUGCACUCCCACCGCCGCGCCACGCACUACAACGACACCAGGCACCACUGUACCCUCUGUCCCAAGAAGUUCAAGCGGAGGAGGUUACUAGAGUACCACAUAAAGGCGACGCACACGGGCGAGCGUCCCCUGAAGUGCAACGUGUGCCAACUGUCCUUCGUGUACCCCGAGCAUUACAAGAAACAUGUCCGCAUACACUCCGGGGAGAGGCCCUACGUCUGCGAGAUUUGCGGCAAAUCGUUCAACUCUCGCGACAACCGAAACACGCACCGCUUCGUGCACAGCGACAAGAAACCUUACGAGUGCGUCGCCUGCGGGGCUGGGUACAUGAGGAAACAACUGCUCUACGCCCAUAUGAAUACCAGCGGAACUAGUUCGCAUGCAACGGAUAUAACUGACCUAGACACAAAAACCAGUAAAUUUGAUGCGAUAUUCGAGGCACAGACUGAAUUGGAGGCUAGCAUCAAGUCCGUGAAAUCAGAAGCUGACGUGAAUUUAGAAGAUGCCAAAUUCUAUAUUACUGAAGAUAAGAAAUUAAUAUUGCAGGAUAGUGAUAAAACGACAUUGAAUUUAAUACAAGAAGGAGACGAGUCUACGCUUUUAACUAUACAUAACAUAGGAGAGAGGGCCGACGCGACAAUUUUAGAAGCUGUCAAUGCUGACCAAUUGUCUGAACAGACUGAAAUCGUAGCUAAUGAUGAGAAUGGAGGCAUGGUGCGACUGAUCCAAAUCAAAUUACCUGACGGUAACAACGGAUGGGUGGCAAUCAAUCGCUGAAACAUUUCUGCCGGGCUAAGGACUCUGCCAAACACCGGUCAAUGGGAACUGUUAAUUUAUAUUUUAAUGCCCAUCUUUACAUACGUCUUUACGUCUACAUAAUCACAUAAUUUCGUCUAUGUAUUUGUCCUAUCUAACUGACGGACUAAAUAGAUAGAUAUUUUAUUUUAAUAUCCUGUUGUCCCCUAGUAUAAGCCGAAUUAUAGACAAAAAUAUCUGUGCUUUAGUCUGUCUAAAUCUCUAAAACGGCCGAACUGACAUACUUAAGGUUAGUUUUUAAAUAUACGUGGAACUCUAGGGAAGGUUUAAAGCAGUGAGAAAUUAUGAAAAUGUGAGUAAAAUAAUAAAAACGCGUGUUUCCGUCGCAGUACGCCAGCGUGAUACAACCACAGCGUUGUGUUUUGCCGUGUGAUUGAUGUUACUAGAGGCCCCAAUCCUUCCCCUCCCCCUAUCCCCAAUCCUCAAAUCCCUACCACAAAAAGCCGGCAACGCACUUGUAAGUGUCUUCCUUCUUCAUAUUCGGCGUAUAUUGCUUACCAUCAGGUAUUCCGUCUGCUCGUUUGCCGACCUAUACCAUAAAAAAGACUUAUUUGCAUAAGUUAUCUAUACUGUCUAUUAUAUUUAUAAAUCAAUUGGAACCUUUUUAAGGGGACGAAAUCAUCUUAACUCUUCCCCCGCCUGGGGUGGGGUAAGAGGCAGUGUCAGACUCUUACUGACUAAAAACCAUCUCAACCUGGGUGGGAGAAGUCAUUUAAUAAUUUUUCAAUAGAAAGAUUAUUGAAAUGGGUCUGUUCUUGUGCUCUUCAAUGGCGCUAGACUAGCCAGGGAUUGGUCCAAACACUAGUUGACAGAAGAAAUCGUAUAACAAUAGCUGAUUCUCUAUUGGGCGAAUUAAAGACAGCGCCAUCUGUUGAGCAAAAAAUACAGUAGCAGCCAAACCCGUUAUGGACCUAUUCUGGUCUAUCUAUUUAGUAAUUAACUAAAUGUAAACAAUGUUAGCAUGGCUUUUUAUCUAAACGUUGUUUGUAAAAAUGUUUAAUUGUAAACAAUCAGGUAUUUACCUAACUGGAUGCUAGCUUAUAAACUAAAUUUAAAUAAUCUAUGUAUGUAUUUCAUACGAGCUC